AUGACUUGCGCCGAGCUUCUCGAGUCGCUGCUCAAGCCCGAAAUCGAAGACGCCGACGAAGGGAGCUCUCCCAUGCUGACGGACGCCUCUCCUCCGUGCGCAGAAACCUUCUUGCUCUACUCGCAGCCCCUGCCCUCCUCCGAUCUUGGCUUCGUCGAUCCCCGGGCCCGCACCGUCGAGGCGCGCGUCGGCGGCGUCGACUACACCAUCCACCAGUCCCCCGGCGUGCUGUCCUCUGACCGCGCCGGCGGCACCACCGGCGCCGUUUUGUGGAAGAUUUCCCCCGUGUUUGCAGAUUGGCUCGCCUCGCCCACCAAUUUCCUCUUUUCCAGCUCUCUUCUUGACCGCGCCUCGACUGUCCUGGAACUCGGCUGCGGCAUCUCCCCGCUCAACGCCCUCGCCCUCGCGCCGCGCGUCGCCGCGCACCUCCUCACCGACCAGGCUUACGUGCAGCGGCUCGUGCAGCUCAACAUUGACACCAACAUGACUGCCGCCGCCGCCGUUGCUUCUACGCCCCGAUCCGCAUCCCGCCGCAAAUCAAAACUCACGUCGCCACCACAGCUACAACAGCCACCGCACAACGCCGCUCGCAUCUCCUUUGAGACGCUCGACUGGGAGACGGACCAGCUCCCGCCGCGGCGCAGCUACGACGCCGUGCUAGCGUGCGACUGCGUGUACAAUGACGCGCUGAUUGCGCCGCUGGUGCAGACCUGCGUCGAGGCGUGUCGGCGGCGGCAGCAGCGGCGGCGGUGGCAGGAAUGGGAGCGGGACGAGGAGACGGCAAUGGGCGAGGACAAGAGGCUGCGGCCGAGCUUGUGCAUUGUCGCGCAGCAGCUGCGUGAUGACGACGUGUUUCGGGCCUGGCUCGCGGCGUUUGUCGACGAGUUUCGCGUGUGGCGCGUGUCCGACGACAAGCUGCCCGAGGCGCUGCGGCCAAGCGCGGGGUUUGUUGUACAUAUUGGCAUUUUACGAGAAUGA